UCCAGAGACUAAUUAUGACGGGACACUGUGUCACAGCAUCCAGUACAGAUCAGGAGAGAAGCGGUACAUGCUAGUUGGGCCCAGAAUGAGUAUAGGAUCUACUAUAGUCCCUGGAAGCCAUGCAAAUACAUUGGUGAUGCCAGAUAGGAGGAGAACAUCUGAGGAGGUAAGACUAACAUAUAACACAUACUGUGCAUCCAGCUCAGAUGUGUCAGCUGUUAUUUGGUCUGCAAGAUUAAACCUUUUGAUAACUCAUGAUGAAUGAAUUAAUGGGUUAGUUGCUUUUUGUAUCCAUAUCAAUACAAAAAUGUGUACAAAUUCAAAAUAAUUACCAAUACUAUAACGUUUUCUUUCAUUAUCAAUAUAAAGAAAGCCUAUGAGUUUGUUUGUUUUAAGAUUUCUUUUAGUAGAAAUAUCGGAGAAAUAUAUACAACAACACCCACUACUACUGUUACUAACAGAAACAAAAACAACAAUAAUAAUAAAGAGAAGAAGAAGCAGAAGAAAAGAAGAAGAAGCAAAUAUUGCGCAGCGUUUUGUCUCGAAUCCUGCAUGUACGUCCUUCCGACGUGACGUGUUAAAUUGUUACUGUGGCGGAGUUCACUAAUAUACACCGUUUAUUUUCUCAAUGACACAUGAGACUAAUAAAAAGUCUCUGACUGUAAAGAUGGCGCAGCCCUUCCCUUAGCAUAUUAUAGUGUGUUUGCUGCAACUUGAGUUUAUCUGCUUACUUAUGUUGAUGUGGCUGUUGUUACUAAUGUAUAGGAAAACCUUUCAGAGUAUAAAUCGUCUAAAAUGUUGUCCUCUUGGCGUCACUGUUACACCGAGCAUUCCAUAAAGGAAUUAGGUCCUCCCCUAAGAAGGCUUUUGUUUGAUACCUCACAGUAAAGCUGAUGUGAGUCGGAUGAGGCGGUGCCAUAUGUUUUCUUUACAUACUUUACGAAAAGCCAAGGAUAUAUAAAUUGAGCUUCCUGGAGAAAUAUGUUUUAUGUGUAAAUGUGUUGUUUGAGAAGGAUGGCUGAGAGAACACGAAGCAAAACAGGCAACCGCUGUUGCUUUGCUUUUCAUUUGUCUUUGCUGCUGAUUUUCGGAGAGCAGGCUUUCGCUGAACUGAGAUACUCGAUUCCAGAGGAGAUGAAAGAAGGGACUAUUGUUGGAAAUGUUGCUAAGGAUCUUGGUCUUGACAAAACCUCUUUGGCUGAUCGUCUGUUACGUGUUGUAUCGGGCUCUAAGGAUGCGUUUUUCGAGGUGAAUCCGGACAAUGGUGUGUUACUGGUUCGUAAGAAAAUCGACAGAGAGGAACUGUGCCAUGGAAGUGGUGCUUGCAUGAUAGAGCUAAAAAUGCUUGUAGAGAACCCACUCGAAAUCCACUAUGUAGCUGUAGAAAUUACUGAUGUAAAUGACCAUUCCCCGAGUUUUUCUGAAAAACAACAAACCUUUGAAGUAGCAGAACAAUCAUCCCCGGGAACACGAUUGGAACUGCAUGCGGCCCGUGAUCCUGAUGCUGGCAUAAAUUCUAUCCGCACAUAUUCAUUAUCUUCAAAUGAUCACUUUGAUAUAGAGAUAAGUCAAAGUGAUGAGGAAAAAAUACCAUUUCUAAUUCUGAAGAAUUCCCUAGACAGAGAAAAAAAACAUAAACAUUUCCUCUUUGUAACCGCGGUUGAUGGAGGUAAACCUCCGCGAUCAGGAACGCUUAAUGUUUCCAUCACUGUUCUUGAUAUUAAUGAUAAUCGCCCGACGUUUAAACAGGAUACUUAUCAAAUAGAAAUAUUUGAAAACGUUUCGGUUGGAACGACUGUUGCAAACGUAAAUGCAACAGAUCCGGAUGAAGGGACAAAUGGGGAAUUAGAGUAUAGCCUUAGUAAAACAUUAGCGCAUAAAAUUUAUGAAAUAUUUGAACUGGAUAGUGUAAGCGGAGAAAUUACACUGAAAGGAGGGUUGGAUUUUGAAGAUUCCGAGGUUUAUAAACUAGAUGUGCAGGCGUCAGACAAAGGAACGCCUCCUUUAACAAGCAGGUGUAGAGUGAUUGUGAAAAUUAAGGACGUCAAUGACAAUCGACCGGAAAUAGAAGUCACGUCACUGUCAAAUACAGUAACCGAAGAUUCAAAGCCUGGUAAAGUUAUUUCACUUAUCAGUGUAACGGAUAAAGACUCUGGAGUUAAUGGGAAAAUUAUUUCACGGAUAACUCAGGGCAUUCCUUUUGACUUAAAACCAUCCUAUAAAGAAAAUACUUACUCAAUUGUUACUAGCGGGUUUCUGGACCGAGAGGUGGUGUCACAUUAUGAUAUUACAAUAGAAGCUACAGACUGUGGUGAGCCUACUUUAUCCAGUUUUAAAACUCUUAGCAUUCAGAUAGCAGAUGUAAAUGACAACAGUCCACAAUUCCUGCAAAACCCAUUACAGUGUUAUCUGUCAGAAAAUAACUUCGCAGGUGCGCCAAUAUUUUCUGUAAGCGCAUCGGACAACGAUGCAAAUGAAAACGCAGCUAUUUCCUAUCAUCUUCUGAGAGGAGGUGGUGAAAAUGACGUCACAGCUUUCCUAAAUGUAAAUUCAGAUAAUGGACAAAUCACUGCGCUGAAAAGUUUUGAUUUUGAAACGCUGAAAACUUUCCAGUUCCAAGUUGUUGCCUCAGAUUCGGGAACUCCGCCACUAAGCAACAAUGUCACAGUCAACGUCUUCAUCCUGGAUCAGAACGACAACGCUCCAGUCAUCCUGUAUCCACUCAGCUCCAACGGUUCUGCUCAAGGUGUGGAGGAGAUUUCCCGAAACGUCAACGCAGGACACUUGGUGACUAAAGUCAGAGCCUAUGACGCUGAUAUAGGAUAUAACGGCUGGUUGCUCUUUUCACUGCAGGAAGUUACUGACCACAGUCUCUUUGCUUUGGACCGCUAUACAGGCCAGAUCAGAACACUUCGCUCAUUCACAGAGACAGACGAGGCUGAGCAUAAACUGGUCAUACUGGUCAAAGACAACGGCAACGUUUCUCUCUCAGCAACAGCUACUGUGAUUGUCAAACUUGUGGAGCCCAAAGAGGCUUUUGCAGCUUCUGAUGUUAAAAGUGCGACGAAGGAUAAUGAGGGCAGUAAUGUCAUAUUUUACCUCAUGAUAACUUUGGGCGCAGUUUCUGUACUUUUUCUCAUCAGCAUCAUCGUGCUGAUUGCGAUGCAGUGCUCCAAAUCCACAGACGAUACUUCCAAGUAUUUACAAAAAGCAGAUUAUGACGGGACACUGUGUCACAGCAUCCAGUACAGAUCAGGAGACAGGAAGUACAUGCUUGUUGGACCCAGAAUGAGUAUAGGAUCUACUAUAGUUCCGGGCAGCCAUGCAAAUACUCUGGUGAUGCCAGACAGAAGACGCCCACCUGAAGAGGUGAGUAAUAACGUGUUGCCAUGUAUUCUACCUAUUCUACUCCGAGUAAUGAUUUUUGUCAUUAUUCUCAAUGGUGGUGAAACUGGAUUUGGAUAG